UCAAGACUUAAAAAGGCAGGCUUUGAUUCUCAAGCAUCACAACAAAGCCAAAAAAACCUUCCAUUAUCCUUCUCUCAAUUGGUAUAUCACACUUGCAAAAACCAAAAGAAAAAAAAAAGGUAUAGUUUCUUAAAUACUCUAUUUGUCUAAAUGGGAAGGUCACCUUGUUGUGAGAAGGCACAUACAAACAAAGGAGCAUGGACUAAAGAAGAAGAUGAAAGACUUAUUUCUUACAUUAGAGCUCAUGGUGAAGGUUGUUGGAGGUCUCUUCCUAAAGCUGCUGGACUUCUCCGAUGCGGUAAAAGUUGUCGUCUCCGAUGGAUUAAUUACUUAAGACCUGACCUUAAACGUGGUAACUUUACUGAAGAAGAAGAUGAACUCAUUAUCAAACUCCAUAGCCUCCUUGGAAACAAGUGGUCGCUUAUAGCAGGAAGAUUACCAGGAAGAACAGAUAACGAGAUAAAAAACUAUUGGAACACACAUAUAAGACGAAAGCUUUUGAGUCGAGGUAUUGAUCCAACAACACAUAGAUCAAUCAAUGAUCCUACUACAAUACCAAAAGUUACAACGAUUACUUUUGCUGCUGCUCAUGAAAAUAUUAAAGAUAUUGAUCAACAAGAUGAGAUGAUAAAUAUCAAAGCUGAAUUCAUCGAAACAAGCAAAGAAUCAGAUAAUAAUGAAAUAAUUCAAGAAAAGUCAUCAUCAUGUCUUCCUGACUUAAAUCUUGAACUCAGAAUUAGUCCUCCACAUCAUCAACAACUCGAUCAUCAUCGUCGAUCAAGCUCUUUAUGUUUUACGUGUAGUUUGGGAAUUCAAAAUAGUAAAGAUUGCAGUUGUGGAAGUGAAAGUAAUGGAAAUGGAUGGAGUAAUAAUAUGGUAAGUAUGAACAUUAUGGCUGGUUAUGACUUUUUGGGCUUGAAGACUAAUGGUCUUUUGGACUAUAGAACUUUGGAAACUAAGUGAUUCGAUUCGAUUCGAAUUUAUGCAUCAUCAUCUUAAUUUGAUGUAUAUGUAGAAAAGAAAAAGAGUUUGAGGAUAUUAUUCUUCUAGCUAAUAAUUUUCUCAUGGUUGUAAACUUUACAAUAUAGUAAUUACAUUUAAUUCAAAGCAGUAAAAAUAUAGCACUAAUGAUUCUAUGGUGAUAA